AUGCGCGGUGGUAGAAAUAAAUUUGGUCCAAUGUACAAAAGAGAUAGAGCGAGAAAGUUGCAAAUGAUGCGUCAGAGGCAGAUAGCCGUUCAAACGAUUCGGGGUCACCCUUUAACUGACGGACAGGUCGCGUUCAGCUACGGUCCGCCGAGCCACUUUGAAAACCUACACAACAUAAAACAGGAGAUACAAAUCCCGCAGGUGUCGAGCCUGACGAGCAGUCCGGAUUCGUCGCCGAGUCCGAUAACCGUGUCGUUCGGUCAAACGACGUCCGCGAACAUGAUCGCGACGACGCAGUCGGGUCAACCGCCCGUUUUGCAAAUCGUCGGAACCGGCGGUAACCCCACCUCAAACAACCUCGUGCCUAGCAGCGACCACAAACUAUGGGGUACGGCCAACUCGACGACCCCGUCACCUAAUUCAAUUUCACCUAAAGCCUUUCCGUUCGACGGUGUUUCGUUACCUCACGGGAGUUCCGGCGGUCCCGGAAACUCUUCCAGUUCUAGUUGUAAUAAAAUUUCACCUAUGAUAAGAGACUUUAUAUCGAGCGUGGACGAUCGGGAGUGGCAGAACAGCUUGUUUGGACUUUUACAAAACCAGACGUACAAUCAAUGUGAAGUGGAUUUGUUUGAACUUAUGUGUAAAGUGUUGGACCAAAAUUUGUUUUCGCAAGUGGAUUGGGCGAGAAAUUCAAUAUUCUUCAAAGAUUUGAAGGUUGACGACCAAAUGAAACUUUUACAACAUUCAUGGUCGGACAUGCUCGUACUCGAUCACUUGCAUCAGAGAAUGCACAACAACCUGCCGGACGAAACGACGCUUCCCAACGGACAAAAAUUCGAUCUUCUCUGUCUCGGACUACUCGGCGUGCCCACACUCGCCGAUCAUUUUACCGACCUUACCAACAAACUUCAAGACCUUAAAUUUGAUGUUUCCGAUUAUAUUUGCGUCAAGUUUUUAUUGCUUCUCAAUCCGGAUGUACGCGGGAUCUCAAAUAGAAAGCACGUACAAGAGGGACACGAGCAAGUUCUUCAAGCUUUGCUUGAUUACACGUUAACCAUUUAUCCACACAUACAGGACAAAUUCACAAAGUUGCAACAAGUACUACCGGAAAUACAUCAGAUGGCGAGUCGAGGCGAAGAUCAUCUUUAUCAUAAGCAUUGUUCGGGAGGGGCUCCCACUCAAACUCUACUAAUGGAAAUGUUACACGCGAAAAGAAAAUAA